AUGCCUUCUGCCGACUACGAGUCAGUAGCCAUGUUGAUUGCUUUCAUCCACAAACUCUACCACCACUACAUCGACGAUUGGCAUUCCACCGAUCGACCAUUUGACGCAACAUGUCCCUCUACAUCACUGUCCGACUCGAUUCUCGGUGUAACCUUCCAGGGCGUCAUUCCAGCUUUCCACAACAUUCUUGGCGCGUAG